AUGAACGGGACGGAGGGGAUCAAUUUUUACGUGCCUAUGUCCAACAAGACGGGGGUGGUGCGGAGCCCCUUCGAGUACCCGCAGUACUACCUGGCCGAGCCCUGGAAAUACCGCCUGGUGUGCUGCUACAUCUUCUUCCUCAUCUCCACCGGCUUCCCAAUCAACUUCCUCACCCUCCUGGUCACCUUCAAGCACAAGAAACUCCGGCAGCCCCUCAACUACAUCCUGGUCAACCUGGCGGUGGCUGAUCUGUGCAUGGCCUGCUUUGGUUUCACCGUCACCUUCUACACCGCCUGGAACGGCUACUUCGUGUUCGGCCCCAUCGGCUGCGCCGUGGAGGGAUUCUUUGCCACGCUGGGAGGCCAGGUCGCCCUGUGGUCCCUGGUUGUCCUGGCCAUCGAGCGCUACAUUGUCAUCUGCAAGCCCAUGGGCAACUUCCGCUUCUCCGCCAGCCACGCCUUGAUGGGCAUCGCUUUCACCUGGGUCAUGGCCAUCUCCUGCGCCGCCCCGCCGCUCUUCGGCUGGUCCAGGUGA